AUGUCAUCCUCAUCGCAACUGCCGCUCGACGCCUUUCCGGCGUGGGCGCGGCUCAACGAUGUCACUCUCGCUGGCAUCGAGUUGCAACAUGUCGACGGCAAAGGCUGUGGUUUCGUGGUCAGCAAGGAGCUUCAAGUCGUGCAAGAGUAUGCCAAGGUCGACUCGAACUUCAAGCAGCUCCUCGAAGUCGUCGGCCACAAGUCUGUGCGGAUAGAUGCAAUGCUGUACCUGCUGUGCCACCUCAUCCAUUCCCGGCGAGGCCAGCCCACGUCCAGAGGCAUCACUUCGACGCCGUGGACUGAGUACGUCCGGUUUCUGCCGCGCUCCAUCCCGACUCCCACCAUGUGGUCUGAGCCCGAGCGUCUUCUAUUGAAUGGCACGUCUCUCGAGGCCGCUCUCUCCGCCAAGCUCUCCGCCUUGGCCAACGAGUUCGACGAGCUCCGUGCCCAGACCGAGGCGAUGCCCUUUUGGGACGCCUUGCUGUGGGAGCAUGGGACGGCCUCCCUGGACGACUGGGUCCUCGUCGACGCUUGGUACCGCUCUCGUUGCCUAGAGCUCCCUCAAAUCGGCGACGCCAUGGUCCCGGGCCUCGACAUGGUCAACCACUCAGGAUCCCCGUCGGCGUACUACGAAGUGGACGGCAAUGCCGACGUUGUACUUUACGCGCGUCCAGACUGCGCCGCGUCAUGCGGGCGGGAAGUGGCCAUUUCCUACGGGGAGAACAAGUCGGCAGCCGAGAUGCUCUUUAGCUACGGCUUCGUUGACCGACAUAGCACGGCUCGUAACCUGGCGCUGCCUCUGGAUCCCUUCCCAGACGACCCGCUGGCCAAGGCCAAAGUCCAUGUCUUUGGCGGCCCGCGAACCGUGAGGGUGACUCAGGACGACCAACGCCUCGAGUGGCAAAGCCCGUUUGUGUACCUCAUGUGCCUCAACGAGGAAGACGGCCUGGAGUUCCGCCUACUGCAGGAUACAGAAGGAGAACGCCAGUUGAGGCUGCUGUGGCAAGGCAGCGACAUGACGGAUCGAGCCACUGACCUGGAGGCGCUGAUACAGAACCACCCUCUGUGCCAGGUGUUUAGGCUUCGCGCCGUGGCCGUGGUGCAUGAGCGCAUUGAGACGCAGCUGGCCAGGAUUAAAGGCGGCCCUUCUGAUGACGAGCUGCAGCCGCUCAUGGCGGCCGGGCUAUUACGGGAGGAAUGCAUCGCGGCUGCGAGGACAUUGCGCGAGGUCGAGACGUGUGUCCUCGAGGCCGCGGCUGAGGCGCUCGAGAGUGAGAAGUCCACCUUGCUUGCCCACGACCACGUGGUAGCAUACCUUGGAUCAGUGGAAGAUGGCCGAAACGACGAAGCGCCGUUGGAGACGACGCCCAAUGAGGAAGAGGACGACUUCAGCUGA